AUGCAGCGCGGUCCUUCCGGAUAUGGCCUCAGUGGCCCUCCGCAGUACGGCGGUCCCUCCAACGCUGAGGAAUCCAAUGGCAACUUCCUCGAUCAGAUUCGCCCCUACACGAGCAAGGUUGAGGACAUGCUCGACACCCUGAGCGAGCCUCUCAAGCCUUACCUGCCCGCCAUUGGCCGAUUCCUGAUUGUCGUCACCUUCCUGGAAGACUCACUUCGCAUCAUGAUGCAGUGGAGCGAUCAGCUCCUGUACCUCCACGACUACCGACACAUUCCCUCCGGCAUCACCCACGUGUUCCUCUUCGUCAACGUCGUCGCCAUGGUCGCGUGCUCCACCCUCAUCAUCGCCCGAAAGCAAUCCGACUACGCCGUGGCGGGUCUCAUGGGCGUCGUUGUCACCCAGGCCCUCGGCUACGGCUUGAUCUUCGACCUCAACUUCUUCCUCCGAAACCUGUCCGUCAUUGGCGGUCUCCUCAUGGUCCUGUCCGACUCGUGGGUGCGCAAGACCAAGGCUUUCGCCGGACUGCCCACGCUCGACGAGAAGGACCGCAAGAUGUACUUCCAGCUGGCCGGCCGUGUUCUGCUCAUCUUUCUCUUCAUCGGAUUUGUCUUUACCGGCCAAUGGCCAAGUUCAGCGCCACUCUUCUCGUUGUCAUUCUGA